AUGAGUGUUUCGCUAGAAAGUCGCGCAAAACUUCCGACCAAGAUUCUAGAAAUUGUGACCGAUGCCUCAACUUUACUUGCAGUUCCAAUAAAUGCCUCACAAUCAGCGGAUGUAAGUUUUUAUUUUAAAAUCAAGUGAUUUUCUUCAAACAAAUUUUUGAAACUGCGAAAAAAAUGUGAGAAAAACCUAACAAGAUUAAUUCGUUAGAGCGAUUUUGCUGUUGUAGCCUAGUUCUCAAUAUUUCUCGGUCAGCUCAAUAUUUCGGUCACAUCUGUUUCAAUUUUUUCCCAAAAGUUUGCAGAUUUGCUGUCAAAUAGCCAGCAGCUUCUCAAAUUUAUUUUGUUCCUAACUUUGAACGUCUAUUUACUAUUUUGUUUCAGAUGUUAUUGACAAGCGCAAAACAAUUGACAACACUUGUACCAGUGAUUGAUAAUUCUGCUGAAAUUCUCCAAAGUUUGAAUGAGAUGAUGGAUGCGGUCGAGGAAAAAUUACCGCAGAUGGAUAAAGGGUAACUUUCUAUUUUUGAAAAAAAUCUUUUAACUAAAACAUGUUUUUUUCUAGAAUUGAUGUUGUUUGUGGUGUUAAUGACACUCUUCAAACCUUGGAGCGGCAGAACUAUCAUUGUACGGUGCCGAAAUCAACAUCAGCUGAUAGUUUUGCAUCAUCGGUUGCGUCUUCUUCACAAACUCAUCAUUCACAACAAUAA